CUCAAUUCACUCGAGGAAGAUGAUUGCCUUCCUCGCCGCUUUAGUGCUGCCGGUGGCCUUGGCCCGUGAUACGCCUUUCCUCGGCCAGGCGUCCACCACCACCACCACUCAGUCCCCACAGGCGUCUCUGCUGGGUCUGUCAGCUUCCGCCGAUGAGGUCGUCGAGCGCACCAUCGACGUUGGAUUCUCCUGCGCAAACCGUCGUCUCGGCUACUACGCCGAUGUUGUCAAUGAUUGCAAAGUUUUCCACAUCUGCAACCCGGUCCACCUGCCGGACGGUCAGCAGGCUGUGAUGCAGUAUUCGUUCUUCUGCCCCGCCAACUCCUCUUUCGACCAGCAAGCCACGACUUGCGUCAGCAGCCCGACAAUUCCGUGCGGGCAGUCUGAGAGAUACUAUCACCUGAACAACAACAUCGGCGCCAGCUCUGAAGUUCCCGAUAUUCGUCGUCAGCCGCAGCCCAAGCAAGCCGUUCAGCCACAGAUCGCCACCCCAGUUGUUCACAAGCAGUCGCAACCGCAACUGCAGCAGCAACCGCAACUGCAGCAGCAGCAACCGCAGCUGCAGCAGCAGCAGCCGCAACUGCAGCAGCCACAACAACAACAGCAGCAGCAGCAAGUUCCCCAGACUUUCUUCCACCAGAUUCCCCAAACAGGCUACGUUCAACAACCCGCCACGUUUAUCCCGAGCUACCCGCAACCACUCUACCCCCAGGCUUUCGCACAGCCCCAAGCUUUCGUCCCAGCCCUUCCUUUCACCCAAGCGUUCGCUCAACCCCAGACCUUCACCCAGCCCGCCUACACCGCUCCAGAGAGCAGUGGAAACGUUGUCCGAGUCGGCUCGGUUCUCGGUUAAGCAUACUCCGUCGCAUAUUCAUUCUUCCCAUCGGCAUCUCUCGAUGGAUGGAGCCUGAUUUAUUCGUGCGAGAUGUGAAAUUCGGCAUGAAGUGUCUAAUAAAAUCGAAGAAUACUCA